GUUCUCUAUUUGUUUGCUGGGAAGCGGCGGCAAUCGGAUGUCAGCACUUUCUUGAAAAAGCUGGAGGAAGCUGGAAAGAUUCGAUUGCAGUUGCAGGAAUUUGACAUCGAACGUUCUGAGACACAUGAUUUGCGAAGCAAAGAGCUGUGGGACCAGAUAUGUGAGACACUCAAGGUAUACCCUGAGAAAGUGAAGCAUAGAAAACUUGAUGACUCCGAGUUCAAUCCCAUUGCAAACAACUAUCAAUCAGCUCAGGUCUCAUCCACUGAGUUGGAAGCCAAGUUCAGAGAAGAGGAGGCAUUGGGGCGCAUGUACCCGACCAGGUUUUCUACGUUGAAGCAGGAGUUUGGUGAAGAGCGUAUCAGGAUUGCUGCCAUGGCUGCGAUUGCCAAGCCUGACGGCACCGUCAGGCCACUACAUGAUGGUACACAUUCAGUUCAAGUUAACAAUCGCAUUGUUUACAGAGAUCAGAUACAAUGCCCUGGACCUGCUGAAGUUGCAGCAGUGGUGAGGGAAUCUGUUGAAACCUUGGAAGCUCCCUUUUGUGUGUCGGCAGACAUUAAAGCGGCACACAGACUUGUGAAGGUGCGUCGUUGUGAUUGGCCAUACAUGUGUUGCAAAGCAAACACUGACUCACCUACAGUGUGGGUUAACAGGGUUGGAACUUUUGGCAUCUCAAGCGCGCCCUACUGGUGGGCGAAACUCUUUGCAAUGGUUGGACGAUUUGUAGGGCAUCUCAUGAUGAACGCUAGGUUUCUUCAUCUGGUUUAUGUUGACGAUUUACACGGAUCAUUUGUCGGCAGGGAGAAAUUUACGAACUUGUGGGUUUGGAUUUUGGCCUUUGAACUGGUUGGCACGCCGUUUGCCUAUCACAAGUUUCGUGGCGGGUUCUCCUCUGAAUUUGUUGGAUACCAACUGAGAUAUGACCUCAAUGAGGUAGGGAUUUCUUUACGAAGGGGCGAUUGGCUUGUGAAAUGGAUCAACACCGCUGCGGAAAAGAGGUUUGUGGUUGUGACCCGUGAAUUCUCUGAAUUUCUUGGCCGGCUUGGAUUCGUCUCUCAGUUACUGGUGUGGCUGAAGCCGCAUUUAUCGCCAUUGUAUGCUUGGGCAUCAGCCACAUCCGGCAGCACAGUUGCGAAGCUUCCGGAUGCGGUGAUCUUGACAAUGACAUAUUUGCUGACUGAGUUCAGAUCUGAAACUUACAUGGUCUCAGCGAAGAGGCCGGCCACAUUCACAGGUGAGCAAUUCAGGACAGAUGCAAAGUGCACUGACACUUCAGUUGUCCUUGGUGGAUGGGAAAUACUGGUCGAUGGUUCCAGCUUAUUCUGUCGGAGUCCGACGUGCCAUAUUUAUUUUCACAUGGGAAGGGGUCACAGUGGGCCUCAACUUCGGCCGAAUUAUUGGCGACACUUGCAGCAUUAG